AUGGCAGGCAAUGCAACAACUCAGAUUACUUCAUAUAACUUGGGCAUGUGCCUCGGUAGAGGAAUCGACACAACGAAUAGAUUUGCUGUGCUCCAAGAAGCAGAAGAGGAAACAGUCUUAAUCAGAGACUCGUUAGUAAAAGAGCAGGGCUUAAAUUUUUUUGCCAAAAUCAGAAGUAAGAGAAAAGUAAAUUCUUACCCAGGAGCAAAGAAGAUAGCUGAGGCCGUUGACAAACCCACUAGAGGAAACAACAUACUAGACAUCGUCUUAUCAACGGAAGAUAAUCUAUUAUCUGACCUUUCGGUAGGUGCAAAUCUAGGCAAAAGCGACCAUAAAAUUAUCUCAUUUCAAAUUAAUGUUCAACAUAAAAAAGAGAAGAAUAUAUUAAUGAGAUUAGACUACCGUCAACAAGACCUAAAUAAGCUAAAGGAGUACGUUAAAAAUCUAAAGUUCGACGAGAACACAGGCAUAGAUAAGCACUGGGAAGCCUUUCAUGAGGAAUACACAGAAAAACGCUCUAGAUGUUUACCAUUAAGGCAAAUACUAAGAAAUGGCAACCCACAGCCAAAGUGGUUCAACAGGGAAAUUAAAAAUAGGUUAAGAGAAAGAGACAGAUUGCACAAAUCAAUGAACCCACACCCGACACCAAUAGAAGCAAGCAGGCAUAAAGAACUCUGUAGAUUGGUGGACAAAUUAGUAAGAAAUGCAAAGAUAAAUGAGGACAAGAGAGUUGCAUCAUUUUGUAAAGAAAUAAGUUUUUUUACUAGUGUAUUCACAACUGAAGACACUACCUCAAUACCGGAACCUGCUAUUAAAUAUGAAGGGGCAGAUCCACUGGACAAAAUAUUUACAAAAGAGGACAUUAAAAACAAAAUAGACAAACUCAACAAGUUCAAAUCUCCAGGCCCAGAUGGGAUUCAUCCAAGAGAAAUUAAAGAGCUAAAAGAGGAGAUAGUUCCUCACCUAUAUAAACUCCACAGGAAAAGUGCUGAACAAAGAAAGGCACCAAAAGGAUGGAAACUAGGAAAUGUGCCCCAGUUUACAAAAAAAAGCUUCAAGAGAAGAGCCGGGAAAUUAUAGACCAAUCUGCCUAACGUCAGUCGUUUGCAAGAUUUUCGAGUCCAUAAUUGCAGAUCAAAUUGUGGAUCACAUAGAUAGAAACAACUUAUUGUUAAACAGUCAACACGGUUUCAGACAAAACAGAUCCUGCCUAUCAAACCUCUUGUAGUUUUUUCAUAACAUGCUAGGUAUCUACGACAGUAGGAGAGCAAUAGAUAUACUCUACUUAGAUUUCCAAAAGGCCUUUGACAAAGUCCCAUACAAGAAACUGAUGAAAAAAGUUCGAGCUUUAGGAACUGUAGAAGAAACAGCAGACUGGGUCGAAGACUGGCUAACUUAUCGAAAAGAGAGUCGUAAUAAAUGGUGAAGAAUCAGAAUGGGCAGAUGUAACAAGCGGAGUUCCCCCAGGGUUCUGUCAUUGGCCCUCUUAUUUUUUAUUUACAUUAGUGACAUUGAUGUAGGCUUAACUAGCAGGAUAACCAAAUUUGCAGAUGACACCAAACUAGGUGUACAUGCAGCAGACCCAGAUACAGUGAAAAUUUUAAGAAAUGAUCUAAUGAAAAUAGUGGUGAAAAAAUGGCAAAUGCCUUUUAACGUAGAUAAGUGUAAAUUGUUACAAAUAGGAACAAACGACCCUCAUGCCAGCUACAUGCUGAUUGGGAAUGACAUAAAUAGUGUAGAACAAGAAGAGAACCUUAGAGUCAUUAUUACCAAGGUCUUAAAAUCCACAAAACAAUGCAUAAAAGCAGAAAAGAAGGCACAGAAACUAGUGGGAUACAUAUAGAGGCAGUUCAAAUACAGAAACAAGGAAACUGUGCUGCAGCUCUACACAUCAAUAGUUAGACCCCAUCUUGAAUAUGCAGUACAGUUUUGGUCACCAACUCUAAGAAAAGACAUAAAUAGAUUAGAAGGAGCACAAGCAAGAGCCACAAAGUUAAUUCCAUCCAUCAGGCAAAUAGGUUACCGAAGACGACUAGAGAGCCUGAACAUGUAUGGCUUAGAAACACGACAACUAAUAGAAGCAUUCAAAAUACUGAAAGGCGUAACAAAAGUGGACAGUAACCUAUUUACAUUAAACGAAAACCAGACAAGAAAUAAUGGAUGGAAAUUAGAACUGAAGAGAUACAACACAUCCCAUUGUGGGAACUUCUUUACAUACAAGAUAUGUGAGAUGUGGAAUAAACUGCCACCAGAAGUUGUAAACAGCAACAGUGUGGAAGAGUUUAAAGAAAGCUAGACAAAAUCAUUAGGACACUUUGAAUGCACGGUAAAACCUGCUCCUAUAGAUAGGUGAGCACACGAUGUCUCCUCGGAUGGACUGAUAAGUCUUUGAGACAUCCUAAUCCUUGUAACUCUCUCUCUCUCUCUCUCUCUCUCUCUCUGUUUAUUAAACUGCUUCUUAUUAAACUGCUUUUUCUCUUUCUUUUGAAAGAUUCUACAUUAUUUAACUGCUCUCUCUCUCUCUCUCUCUCUCUCUCUCUCUCUCUCUCUCUCUCUCUCUCUCUCUCACACACACACACACACACACACUAGUACUAUAUUCCAAUUCCUAUUCCUUCCACUAUGUGCAAAAAAUACACGUAUCAUCCUAAUGA